AUGAGAUUUCUUCUAUAUUUUGUGUUCUUAACCCAAAAUUCCAUUCUUUUCGUAAAUGCUGAUGACAAAAAUGUUCCAGUAGUAAUUACUACUUGGGGAAGUGAUGGGUUUGCCAAAGCAACCAAAAAAGCUGUUGAUGCUACUCUGGCCGGUGGUCGCAUGUACGGCUUGGUGGAGGGAUUGUCAACCUGUGAGGCUCUUCAAUGCGAUACAACAGUUGGAUAUGGAGGAUCACCAGAUGAGAACGGUGAAACCUGUUUGGAUUCAUUGGUUUUCGACGCAGAUGGAGUGAGAGUUGGUGCAGUGGCGAAUCUUCAUAGAAUUCGUGAUGCUGCCAAAGUUGCAUGGGGAAUUAUGAAUUACACAAAACAUACUUUGUUGGUUGGAGAGUCGGCCACACAAUUCGCCAAAUCAAUUGGUUUUCAAGAAACCGAAUUGGCAACAAAUGAAACAAAGUCCUGGAUUGAGUCUUGGAAAGUUCAAAAGUGUCAGCCAAAUUUCUGGAAGAAUGUGUCACCAGAUCCAGGUACAUCUUGUGGACCUUACCAGCCAAAACCGUUGUUAUCGAGAGAAUACAGUUCUAAUGAGAUUGGAUACAAUGUUGAAAAAACUAAUCAUGACACUAUUGGAAUGGUAGUAUUUGAUCUCGAAAAGAAGUUUAGUGCUGGUACAUCUUCAAAUGGGGCUCGAUUCAAGAUUCCUGGCCGCGUAGGGGAUAGUCCAAUUCCAGGUGCUGGAGCAUAUGCCAACACAUUCGGAGGAGCCGCUGCAACUGGAGAUGGCGAUGUGAUGAUGCGAUUUUUACCGAGUUUUUACACUGUCACACAAAUGGAACUUGGAACAAAGCCAUCUAAAGCUACUCACAAAGCGAUUCAAAGAAUUUUGGACGUCUAUCCAAAGUUUUCAGGAGCAAUCGUAGCAUUAGACGCUCAUGGUCGGACUGGUGUUGCGUGUGCAAACAUCCCAAAGUUCGGAUACAAUGUUGCAUUCAAAAAUGGAACUGUUGUGACCUAUCAUCAACCCUGUCUGCCAACACAAAAGAAACUGUCCAAAGAUCAUGAUAAGCCGAUUAAAUUUGCAUAA